AUGGCGAAAGAAAAGGAGCGAGAGGCCUGGACGAAAACCAUAGAUAUUUAUAAAGAGUUGGCGUAUUUAUGGGAUAAGAAACACAACGAUUAUCUUAAUCGUGACAUGAGGCAGGAGGCCUUUAAAAUGUUAUUACAAGUAUAUAAUGAAAAGCUUUGUCCAGUAGCCAGGAAACGUAAAGUAACUAUAAGUCGUUCUCUUGGACUUAUGGAUUCUCGCAUAAGAAAACAUUGUUUCCACGCCAAUGAUUUCGAUAAGAAUGAGGCUUGCGCGUACUUAACUGUGCCGUGUGGUAACGCACAAAGUGUACAGUUUUUUCGUGCGAGAUGCUUGCGCAGGCCAAACUGUGGUGAAGCUUGUGCGUGUGUUAAUAUGUCAAGAUACGGUGAUUGUAAAGUUUAUGUCGGUGAUUUAGGCAAUAACGCCAGUAAGCCUGAACUAGAAGAUGCAUUUUCGUAUUAUGGACCGUUGAGAAAUGUUUGGGUUGCUCGUAAUCCACCCGGCUUUGCUUUUGUGGAGUUUGAAGAUCCUCGAGACGCCGAAGAUGCUAUUCGGGGGUUAGAUGGCAGAACAAUAUGCGGCCGCCGUGCCCGUGUUGAAAUGUCAAAUGGAAGCCGCGGAUAUGGAGGCAGAGGGCCACCUCCUCGUUCCCGAUUGCCGCCGAGACCAUAUGACGAUCGCUGCUAUGACUGCGGUGACAGGGGCCACUAUGCUCGCGAUUGCACCCGCCGACGCCGGCGCAGCCGAUCCAGGUCCCGCCGUCGCUCUCGUUCUCGCUCGCCGCGCUCCGGAUCUCGCUCCCGUAGCCGUUCCCGCUCGCGUUCACGUUCCAAGGGGCGUUCCAUGUCACGGUCAAGAUCACGUUCACCAUCCAAAGAUUCCAAGAAAUCCAAUUAG